CGGCACACCAGCUGACCGGCGCUCCUUGUUUACCGGCGGAGGGAGACGCGGAGCGAGCGAACGGGCGGGGGAGCGACGCACACACACGGGGUUAGAGGAGCCAUAGACUGGGGAAGAACUUUUUCGCCUACGGCAGAUUGUCGGUCCGUCGCUUUUAUUUAUGCGGCGAUCCCUUUUCCUGGAGAUACACGUGUAUCUGAAAACAGGGAGAACCUUCUCCACAGGUUCAGCGACUGAGUGAAUAACAAUUACACCCCUCGGACUUCUCAGAUUCCAAUCAUUGUGCGGUGCGGUGGUGGCUGCGGCUGUUUGUUUUUUUUUUCUCCCCCUCUUCCCUUUCUUGUUACUCGCGCUUUGAUUUGGGGAUUUCUCUUUCUUCCAUCAUCACCGGAAGGAACACUUUGACUUGGACGAGGCUCAUCAGGCGACGAGAAAAGAAUUUUUGCGGCAUCUUUUCGUCUCGUCGUUCUCGUAUUCCGAGGAGGAGCUCCGUGGCGUUUGUUUUCCUGCUGGAUCGCUCGCGUAGAGCACGUUUCGGUGAGAAGUAGAAGAGCAGAAAGACAGACGGAGACCUGUGGAGUCCAACUGUGCGCCUUGUGGCAGAACAGAAGGGGGGAAACUCAUAAUUAAUUAUAUAUACAUGCGAGAGACAGAAAAGUGAUCGCUGACUAGUAGUGUUCGAAGCGACCUUUUCUCUGACUGAACUGAGAAAAGAGCGAUCGCCGCCGCCGCCGCGUCUCCUCCUGCUUGUGAGGGACGGACCGUCGUCGGACGGCGCCGCUUGUAGGGAGGAGUGUCGCGCUGCCGCCGCUGGAGGAGCUGCUCCGCCGGGCUCUUCGGGCUCCGACGCGACGCAACGCGACGCGAGCGCACGAAAGCAAGGGGAGGACCGCGACGCGUCCACAAUGGAGCCCUUGAGCAAGAGUCCGCAUCGCGCUCUUUAACGCUGCCUCGUUUCCUCCUCACCAACAUGAGAAGCUGAGACGUUCUGGAGAUAAUAACGACAACAGUGAUAUUAUUGAUAAUAAAUACGAAGCACGUCGCCGUCGAACUCCUCGGCCUUUCUGGCCGGGGUGGUGGGGAAGAGAGGGACUGACUCCACUCGCGGCUUUUGUUGUUUUUGUUCUUUUCUGCCCAAUUGUUUGUAUCAGAAAUUGGCCAGGCGUGUAAAACUUGUGAAAAUUUGUACCUCUACUUGAGGUAUUUUUGUAAACAUUUGAAGUUUAUAUCCUCUUUUUUUUUUUUCUUUUUUUUAAAAGAAGAAUAACCCGAUUCAAAAUGCGCCUGAAGGCUCCUUCGGCGAUUGUUUUGGUCGCUUUUACGUGCCUUGUGUGCAACUGGGGGCCGAUAACUGGAGAAAUUUGUCCAAGCAAAGACAUUCGGAACAACGUGACCAACCUGCAAACGCUGAAGAACUGCACCGUGAUCGAGGGUCACCUGAAGAUCCUUCUGAUGUUCAAGACCAAACCGGAGGACUUCCGAGGCGUGAGCUUCCCCCGGCUCACGGUCGUCACGGACUACCUCCUGCUGUUCCGCGUCUACGGCCUGGAGAGCCUGCGCAAUCUCUUCCCCAACCUCACAGUCAUCCGUGGCAACAACCUCUUCUUCAAUUACGCCUUGGUGCUCUUUGAGAUGCUGCAGCUGAAGGACAUCGGGCUCCGGAGCCUGACCAACAUCACCCGGGGAGCUGUGCGCAUCGAGAAGAACCAGGACCUCUGCUACCUGUCCACCCUGGACUGGUCCAAGAUCCUAGACUCGGUCGAGGAUAACUACAUUGUGGCCAACAAGAAUGACCGGGAGUGUGGAGACGUGUGCCCCGGAACAGCCAUGGGCACAGCUCCCUGCAUUCAGACCACCCUCAACGGUCACUUCGGCGAGCGCUGCUGGACGCAGGACGACUGUCAGAGGAUUUGCCCAGCGAGCUGCAAGCACCAAGCCUGCACCCAGGACAGCCAGUGCUGCCACGAGCAGUGCCUGGGCGGCUGCACGGAGCCCGACUCGCCCAGCAAGUGCGUCGCCUGCCGUCACUACCUGCACCAGGGCGCCUGCGUGGAGAGCUGCCCGCGGGGCUACUACACGUUCAGGGGCUGGCGCUGCGUCACCUUCAAGUUCUGCCAGGACCUCCACAACCAGUGCAAGCAGGGCAAGCGUGGAGACUGCCAUGAGUACGUCAUCCACGACGGCGCCUGCAUCCCCGAGUGCCCCUCCGGGUACACCACCAUGAACGCCAGCACGUUGAACUGCACCCCUUGCGCGGGCCUCUGCCCGAAAGUGUGCGCGGGCUUGAAGGUCGUGGACUCGGUCACCGCCGCCCAGGCCCUGCGUGGCUGUACGGUCCUCAACGGCAGCAUGAUCAUCAACAUCCGCGGCGGGAACAACAUCGCAGCUGAGCUGGAAGCCAGUCUUGGACAGCUGGAGGAGAUCACUGGCUACCUGAUGAUCCGCCGUUCCUACGCUCUCGUGUCUCUCUCCUUCUUUCGGAAACUCAAGCUCAUUCGCGGGGAGGAGCAGGAAGUCGGGAACUACUCCUUCUACGCUCUGGAUAACCAGAAUUUGCGUCAGCUCUGGGACUGGUCCAAACACAGCCUGAAGAUCUUGCGGGGCCGAAUGUUCUUCCACUACAACUCCAAGUUGUGCAUGUCGGAAAUCCGGAAGAUGGAGGAAGUGACGGGGACCAAGGACCGACAGUUAAAAACUGACAUUGCCCUUAAGACCAAUGGAGACCAAGCCUCAUGUGAAAAUAAAAUUCUGAAGUUCACCCAGAUCCGCGUGUCACAUGACAAGAUUAUCAUUAAAUGGGAACCCUUUUGGCCUAAUGAUUUCAGAGACCUGCUGGGAUUUGUGGUGCUUUACAAAGAGGCGCCCUACAAAAAUGUAACCGAAUUUGACGGGCAGGACGCGUGUGGCUCCAACAGCUGGAUUAUAGCAGACGUGGACCCCCCGCCACGAGCCUCGGAAGGCAAGGAACAGCAGGAGCCUGGCCACCUCAUUCACCCGCUGAAGCCCUGGACUCAGUACGCCAUCUUCGUCAAGACGCAGCUCUCCGCCUCUGAUGAUCACGAGGUCCGCGGGGCUAAGAGUGAAAUCAUUUACGUACGCACCAACGCCACCAAGCCAUCGGUGCCCCUGGACCCUAUCUCCUCCUCCAACUCAUCCUCCCAAAUCAGUCUGAAGUGGAAACCGCCCAGUGACCCUAAUGGCAACAUUACCCAUUACCUUGUCUUCUGCAAAAAGCAGCCUGAGGACAGUGAACUCUACAAGUUUGACUAUUGCCAGAAAGGGAUAAAGCUGCCAUCGCGGGCACCCACCCACCCAGACACCGAUGAGGAACAGAAGUGGAACCAGACGGAGGAGCUGGGCCAGGGUGGUCGCUGCUGCGCCUGCCCCAAAACGGAUGCGCAGCUCAAGAAGGAGGCUGAGGAAUCUGAGUACCGCAAGACCUUUGAGAACUACCUCCAUAAUGAAGUGUUUGAGAUCAGAACAUCUCCUGCAGCGAACCAAGCAACUAUUGAUGGGCCCUCGCGGCGACGCCGAUCUGCGGUGGGUGUGGCCAACGCGACAUUGCCCCGCUUUCUGACUGCGGCACCCACCCCGCCCGGCGCCUCCACCGCCCGACCGGAGGAGGAUGAUGGCAGCAAGGUGGUCCUCACUGUCUUCGCCAAGGAAUCUGCGGUUAUCUCCAGCCUGCAGCAUUUCACCAGCUACCAGAUUGAGAUCCACGCCUGCAAUCACCCAACAGAGCAGUCUCGCUGUAGCAUGGCUGCCUACGUCAGCGCCCGCACCAUGCCAGAAGAGAAAGCCGACGACAUCGUGAGCCCGAUCGCCUGUGACGUCUUCGAUUACUCCGUGCACAUCAAGUGGCAGGAGCCCAAGGCCCCAAAUGGCAUGAUCAUUCUCUAUGAGGUCUACUACAGGAGACUGAGCGACACAGAGGAGCUACAUCACUGCGUGUCCAGGAAAAUGUAUGCAUCCAUGAAUGGGUGCAAGCUGACAGUGGUGCACCCUGGGAAUUACACGGUGAGGAUCCGGGCCACGUCGCUCGCAGGCAACGGAUCCUGGACUGAGCCCACGUACUUUUACGUGCCGGACCGGACUGACAGGAACUUGAUGAAGAUUGUCAUUGGACCGGUGGUCUGCCUUAUCCUGCUGCUCUUGGUGGGAGCCGGCGUCUUUGUGAUGUUCAAAAAGAAACAGAUCGAAGGACCUACUGGACCUCUGUAUGCGUCAUCUAACCCGGAGUAUCUCAGUGCCAAUGAUGUGUACGUGCCGGACGAGUGGGAGGUGCCACGGGAGAAGAUCAGCGUGCUGAGGGAGUUGGGCCAGGGCUCCUUCGGCAUGGUGUACGAGGGCAUCGCCAAGGACAUCGUGAAGGGCGAGCCCGAGACCCGAGUGGCAGUGAAGACGGUCAACGAGUCGGCCAGCUUGCGCGAGAGGAUAGAGUUCCUUAACGAAGCCUCGGUCAUGAAAGCGUUCAGCUGCCACCAUGUGGUGCGUCUCCUGGGCGUGGUGUCGAAGGGUCAGCCCACGCUGGUGGUCAUGGAGCUGAUGACCCACGGGGAUUUGAAGAGCUACUUGCGCAGCCUGCGUCCAGACGCAGAGAAUAACCCAGGGCGUCCCCCGCCCACCCUGGAGGAGAUGAUUCAGAUGGCUGCAGAGAUUGCGGACGGCAUGGCGUACCUGAAUGCCAAGAAGUUUGUCCACAGAGAUCUGGCGGCAAGAAACUGCAUGGUUGCGGAGGAUUUCACAGUGAAAAUUGGAGACUUCGGCAUGACGAGAGACAUCUACGAGACGGAUUACUACAGGAAGGGCGGGAAGGGACUGCUUCCUGUCAGAUGGAUGGCUCCAGAGUCCUUGAAGGAUGGUGUCUUUACUGCUCACUCGGACUGUUGGUCCUUUGGGGUGGUCCUCUGGGAGAUCAGCACACUGGCAGAACAGCCCUACCAAGGGCUCUCAAACGAACAGGUCCUCAAAUUUGUCAUGGACGGUGGACAUCUAGACCAGCCGGAGAACUGCGCGAAGGAAAUACACGAGUUGAUGCAGAUGUGCUGGCGGUACAAUCCCAAGACGCGGCCCACCUUCCUGGAGAUCAUCGAGAGGAUAAAACACCACCUGCACCCCAGCUUUCAGGAAGUGUCCUUCUUCCACAGCGAGGAGAACAAGCCACCUGAAAGUGAGGAGUUUGACAUGGACUUUGAGAAUAUGGAGAGCAUACCCCUCGACCCCUCAUCCUACACUCAGCGCGAGGAGAGCCUGGGCAGAGAUAACGGGCCCUCCAUCGGGCUCCGGGGCAACUACGAGGAGCACGUGCCCUACACACACAUGAACGGUGGCAAGAAGAACGGGCGGAUCCUGUCCUUACCUAGAUCCAGCCCUUCCUAACAUUUCAUGGUUUUUUUUUUUUUUUUUUUUCCUCUUUUCCUUUUUUGUUUUUGCAGAGGCCCUUCAAAAACAGAUCUCAGGACUUUUUUUUUUUCCUUCUUUUUCAAAGCUGCCACAGCAGGAUGACACAAGUAUGCAUUUGUUUUUUUUUUUGUAAAAAAAAAAGAAAAAAAAAAAACUGUGUCAUCGUCAUUAGAUUCUCUCCUGUCUUUAUUUUUAUCUUUACUGUUGCCAAGUUUCUAAGACUGGGGUAUAAAGGAAAAAACUGUGAUUACAAACUCUAAACACCACGAAGGCUGCUUAACCUCCUCCUCUUCACAUUGUCCUGUUUCCCCUGGAUUAUGUAUUUCUUUUUUUUUUUUUUUUUUUCCUGUUUGACAUCUUUUCACAAAAAGUGGCCUUUUUUUUUUUUUUUUAUCUGUGGCAUAUAAACAAAGAGAAGCAUCCGUCAAGUGUGUGUAGUUAAUAUUUUUAAUCAACAGAAGUCGGAUUGGAGCUGUAGACUGGCAUCAACUUUUUUUUUUUUCUCUUAGAACAAAUGUUUAUUACUAGAACACUUUUUGUUUUGCAGAAUUCCAAACUUCAUACAGAUUCAUUAGGUUUUUGGUUAUUUUAAUUUAUUUGCUCUUUUUUUUUUUUUUUUUUUCUUUUUCCACCUUUCAGAUGUAUUUCUGUGUUCUCACAGUGUGGCUGAAAGAUAUUUAAAGAGUUUCAAUAUUGGGUUCCUCAGAUUGACCAAUAGCUGCUGCUUUUUUUUAGAAUUUUAUACACACACACACACACACACACACACG